UGCGACACUCUUCCAGCUCUCUGGAGGGUUUCCAUGCUUCUUUCCCACUGCGCUUGCAAAUCGGCCCCAUCUUUGCUUACCGAUCACCCCCCCCCACCCCUUCUGUCCCCCCUCCUCCUCCUCAGCCCGGUGGUAUCGUCCGACGCUCAAGGAGAGGGAGAGCGCAGUUGUUGGCUGCAGGUCGCUGGGAGAGGGACGCGCACAGUGGCUCAGGACACAACACUAGAACCCGUUUCUUUUCUGUAUCUACUGUUAAAAGUGCGAGUGUGAUUCUCUCCUCAUCUCUGCCUGGUUUUAUUGUCAACUUUCGGAUUAAAACAUCUUCGAAGAAUCAGUUUGAAAAGGACAGACGGCCCCCCUCAGCCCCCUCUCAACGCCCCCGUGAUGCUUAGCUGAUUGGUGCCAUGAAAGCAGCGCAAGAAAAAUUGAGCACACAGAAUAAAAGAUGCAGCUGUAUCCCAGAGGCCCACAUCGGCAGCUAGAGGAGAGGUCGUCACCAUGACAGCGUCCUCGCAGGACUCCAGACCCUCGUCUAUGGCCGGCCUCUUCCUCCUUCUCUUCUUCUUUUUCCCGAGUGUCGUCACGCAGAACUCUGCUGUACCCACGACCCCCACUACGUCGUUGUUCGACCCCCUGGCUCAACCAGAGUGCACGAAGAAAGAACAUCCAAAGGUUUCCAUACAAGCUCUCAGUCCGUGGAUCUCCUCUUUCUCCCACCCCGGCGUGAGAGACUAUUCCCAGCUCACCCUUGACCUGACUAGGAAUGAGCUUAUUGUGGGUGCCAGAAACUUCCUGUUCAGACUGGACCUCAGCAACAUGUCCACGAUACAGGCGACAGAAUGGGCACCGGACGAGGAAACCAGGAGGUCCUGUCAGAGCAAAGGCAAAACAGAGAUUGAAUGUCAGAACUACAUCAGAGUUCUGCUGGUGAACAAGACUGAGGUCAUGACUUGUGGCACCAACGCUUUCCAGCCCCUUUGUAUAACCCGAGAGGUGGGAAACAUGAGCCGCACGAUGGAGCGGGUGAACGGCGUGGCGCGCUGCCCGUACGACCCGCGUCACAACUCCACAGCGGUUGUGACGGAGAGCGGAGAGCUCUACGCUGCCACCGUCAUCGACUUCUCCGGCCGUGACCCCGUCAUUUACCGCAGCAUGGGCGGGAUGCCACCUCUCCGGACGGCGCAGUACAACUCCAAAUGGCUCAAUGAGCCCCACUUCAUCUCCGCCUACGACAUCGGCCUCUUCACCUUCUUCUUCCUGAGGGAGAACGCAGUGGAGCACGACUGCGGGAAGACGGUGUAUUCCCGUGUGGCGAGGGUCUGCAAGAACGACAUCGGCGGGCGAUUUCUCCUGGAGGACACUUGGACCACUUUCAUGAAAGCGAGGCUCAACUGCUCCCGCUCCGGGGAGAUCCCCUUCUACUACAACGAGCUGCAGAGCACCUUCUACCUGCCCGAGCAAGACCUCAUCUACGGCAUCUUCACCACCAAUGUCAACAGCAUAGCAGCCUCUGCAGUGUGUGCCUUCAACCUGAGCGCCAUCACCCAGGCCUUCAACGGGCCCUUCCGCUCCCAGGAGAACCCUCGCUCCACCUGGCUUCCCACACCCAACCCCAUCCACAACUUCCAGUGUGGAACGAUAGAAGACCAAGGUCCAAAUGAGGGUUUGACGGAGCGCAGUCUGCAGGACGCCCAGCGGCUCUACCUGAUGAAUGAUGUGGUCCAGCCGGAGUCUGUCGAUCCUCUGGUCAUGCAAGAUGACGUUCGGUUUUCCAACCUGGUCGUGGACAUUGUUCAGGGCAUGGACUCCCUCUACCACGUCAUGUACAUCAGCACAGAAUAUGGCACCAUCUUAAAGGCACUGGCUACGCCCAACAAGAACCCAGGAUGUUACCUGGAGGAGAUGGAGCUCCUCCCAUCAGGGGUGCGAGAACCAAUCUUGAGCCUGCAGAUCCUGCACAGCGACAGGUCUCUCUUUGUUGGGCUCAAUGACAGAGUGCUAAAGAUCCCACUGGAGAGGUGCUCCACCUACAAAACUGAGACGUUGUGUUUGGAGGCGAGGGACCCGUACUGUGGCUGGGACUUUAGGCAGCGCAGAUGCACCACUCUGGAGGACAGCUCCAACAUGAGCCAGUGGAAGCAGAACAUCACUGUGUGCCCGCUGCGGAACCAAACAACCAAUGGGGGCUUUGGACCGUGGGCACCGUGGCAACCCUGCAACAAUGACGACGGUGUGGAUGGUGUGAGCUCAUGUUUGUGCCGCUCCAGGUCUUGUGACAGUCCCACCCCUCGGUGCGGGGGCAAAAACUGUGUGGGCCCCACCAUUGAAGUCUCCAACUGCUCAAGAAAUGGAGGCUGGACGCCCUGGUCGUCAUGGGGACAGUGCAGCACAACCUGUGGUACAGGCUUUGAGCUGCGCCAGCGUUCCUGUAACAACCCCUCCCCCCGACACGGUGGUCGCGUGUGUGUUGGGCCAAGCAGGGACGAGAGGUUCUGCAAUGAAGGAGUGCCCUGUCCUCAGCCCAUCUUCUGGUCCCCGUGGGGCUCCUGGACAAAGUGUAGCACAGAGUGCGGGGGAGGUGUCCACUCCAGGGUCAGAACGUGUGAGAAUGGAAACAGCUGCCCAGGAUGUGCACUGGAGUACAAGGCCUGUAACCUGGAGGCGUGUCCAGAGGUGAAGAGAAACACACCUUGGACCCCCUGGAUGCCGGUCAAUGUCACUCAGGGGGGAGCUCGUCAGGAGCAGAGGAUGCGCUACAUGUGCCGAGCCCACCUGUCUGAUCCCCACGAGCUCCAGAUCGGCCGCAGGAAGGUGGAGACGCGCUUCUGUCCGAACGACGGUACAGCAGCCUGCGAGACGGACACUCUUGUGGAGGAGCUCCUAAAGACACCAGUGGUGAGAGUGGCGGGUACAGGCUGGUCAUCAUGGGAGACAUGGUCAAGCUGCUCGCAGAGUUGUGCCAAAGGUUACCGCACCCGUCGAAGAUCCUGCUCCGGACCAGAGGGGAAGAGCGCCCCUGUAGCGUGCCGUGGCUCCCCUGUGGACUAUCAGGACUGUAAUGUCCAGGCGUGUCCUGUACAUGGUGCAUGGGCAUGCUGGUCAUCCUGGUCCCAGUGCUCAGUGGGUUGCGGCGGCGGUCACUACCAGCGCACACGCUCCUGCAACAGCCCUGCUCCUGCCAACGCAGGGGACAUCUGCAUAGGACUACACACUGAAGAGGCCCUGUGUAACACGCACACUUGUGAUGAUGGUUGUGUGGCAAGAAGGGAGCAGAUGGUGGAGACUGAGCAGCCUGUCGGUGAGCCCCAGACUGAUAGGAAAGGUGGCUGGAUGGCGUGGUCGCUGUGGUCAGCCUGUGAUGAUUCGGGCUUGCAGAUGAGAAGUCGGGUGUGUGGUGCUCAGGGAAACAUCCCCUGUGCUGGGAACAACACUGAGAGGAGAGACUGUAAUGAAAUACCUGUCAUUCUCCCUGCAUCUGGUUUUGAUAAGGACCAACACUGUGGAGCAUUCACCUCACUCCACCUAAUUGCCACUGGUGUUUCCUGUUUCCUCGGGGCGGGGCUGCUGUCCUUCCUGAUCUACGUCUACUGUCAGCGAUUCCAUAAGCCUUCGCAGGAGUCUGCCAUCAUUCAUCCCACAACUCCAAACCACCUCAACUACAAGGGCAACACUACGCCAAAGAAUGAGAAGUACACGCCCAUGGAGUUCAAGACACUGAACAAGAAUAACCUCCUACCAGACGAAAGAUCCAACUUCUACCCAACGCCACUCCAGCAGACGAAUGUCUACACCACCACCUACUAUCCCACGGCGCUAGGCAAGUUUGACUACCAGCCUAACUCCUCCCCUUCGCCAUGCAGGACCUACAACAACAGUAACAACAGCUGAGGCACGCCACAUGACUGUAUCUCCAAACCCCCCUGCCAGCACCCCCAAAACAGACGACAACUAAAUGCCAUGGUGACAUAACUGAACCGACAUGAACUGAAAUGUUUCUCAGACUCGGCUAGGUUUUUCCUUUCACCAUCACCCUUCUUCUCGCUCCCAUAGUCUCUUCCACAUGGUUGGAUUUGUUUCUUCAAGGGCGUUUCUGGAACUUUCCAUUAGGAGAUGUGGGUUUGGAUAACAUGGCUUGGGUCCUGGUGCAGUCAGAGACUUAUGCAACCAGCUGGGGGGGUGUUAUUGUAACGGCCUGACUGGAUAAAGCAUUAUCAACUCAGAGGAUCAUUUGGGGGAAAAUUGUGGAAAACUUUAGCUGAACCAGCUAUGCCUCUAAACUUAUUGCUGUGACCAUUCAGCACAGGUGCUGAAUCGAGCAACCACAACUCCAGAGAAAGAACUUUGACUAAAAUAUGUAAUCAUUUCUCUGGAUCCCGGUCACCAUUUCACACCUCUCCAUUACUAACUACAUUCUCAGCCUGUAAUGAACUUUGAAUCCCUCAACAACAAAGCAGUUAGUGAGAACAAACAGUGCGUAUUGUUAUGUCCUUGCCACACAGCGCUGUGGGACAGAACAACAACAAAAGAGAGAACUCAAUGAGGUUGAUGAUAAAGUAAAUUAGAGAUCAAUAUCAGCUUAUUUGUAAGAGACCGAUGCACGCCCUCCCUUGCUGGCAUUUCACAUGACAGAGAGAUAAUGACCUCAGAGUUGAUAAAAGUUUCUGGACAGCUGGUUGGCAGAGACACAACAGGACACUUCUGUCUGAGUUGGAGAAAAUUCUGCAAACUUGCUGCCAAUGGGAGUCACACAUUUUAUGGACAAGGACGUUCAGUGGAGCAAGGGGGAUUUUUGAGAGGCAGUCUGAACUGUACAUAAAGCUUUGGGAAUGCCUUGGGUGCCUGUAUGCAAUAGAGGGCAGGGGCGAGAUUUGAUUUCUUCUACUUCUGUUUUUUUUUCUUUUUUCUUCGAAGAACAAUAAAGACUUCUUAAAGGAAAUUAAUUGAUUCUCCAAUUAAUUCUCCAAGAGAUGCAUUGAAUCUACUGAGUGCUAAAUAGCUCAGUGGUCAUAUCAAAUAUGACCAGUGUGCUGAACAACUGGAUUGGGUUUUAUAUGAUAGAAUAAGCUAGUAGACUGGCACUUGUUCCUUUUUUUUUUUUAAUCUUUGUUUUUUAAGAUGUUUGUUUUAUUCUCGGACAAGCCGUAGCAUAGGAGGAAAUAUUCUGCUAAUAAAACAUAGCUGAUAAUGCUUGCUUCUUUAAUUUCACUUCACUGAGUGAUUGCAUUCCUUUGUAAUGUUAAUUUUCCGACGUUUGUCAUCGCAUUUUCAAUACAUGAAAUGUUAACACAAAGAUGAAAUUUUAAAAAUGUAUAUGUUUUUUUUGGGAAUGACUGUAAAAAAAUAAGAGCAUCCAUUUGGCCCUGCUUGGAAAUAAAAAAAAUACAAAAAACUGAAUCAUGCUUGCAAAGAAGCUUGCCUGUGAGUGGACCAGCGUGAGUGCAUGUGUGUGUGGUUGUGUGUACAUGAACACACAUGUACCCGAUCACUGUGUGUCAGUAUGCCUGAUUGAGCAAAUAUGCGUUGCUGUAUUUUGUAAAAUGUAAAUGCUUUCAUACAUAUGACUAUACAUGAGGAGGUCAGUAAAAGUGAUCUGUUUGUGCAUUUUUUCCACAUGAUGUCGCUGACACAGGCAUUCUACUGUUUUUCUAUAUUUCAUGUAUGAGAUGUUAAUCAUUGUAAAGUAACGCAUCCUCGCACCUCUGGUCCCUACAGAGGUGAAGCAGACACUAUUUAUAGUCUAAGCUUGGUUUAUAAAAGGGCAUUUUCACAGCUAUAUUUUAUUAUUAUUAUUAUUAUUAUUAUUAUUGCCUGAUUGAUAAAUGCUAACCCAGCAAUGCUUUUCAGUUCAGCUACUGUACGCACGAGAUGAGAGCUCUAUCUGUAUAUAGGAGCAACAGCCUUGUGCGGCCCAUUUAAUGACCCUGCAGAGGAUCCUGUAAAUGUAUCUGUAUAUUGUAUAGCUAACACUGUUUGUUUAAAAAAAAAAAAGCCUUAUAGUUGUUUAAAAAAAAAAGUGCAGCAGCUAAGUACACACCAACCAUGAGGUUUGUUUGGGGACAGAGCUCCAUGAUGUGACCAACCGCCUGUGGCUUCUGACCUUUCCCAGCUGCUCAAACAUCAAAUUUCCAGAGACACAUGAACCCUGGCUCAAAAAUAAUCUCUGUGUAGCAACGAUAAUAAGAGUAUCAAAUAAUAUGGACGGCAAAUAAUCACAUGAAGUGGAGAAAAUUGGAAUACAGAUGAAGUAAUUUUGGUCUAAACUUAAGACUCUUUUGGUCUGGUGUAAAAGAGAGUCAUCUGAUUGGUCAGUUUUGAGCUCUGUCCCCUGCGAUGUGAGGCUCUGUGCCCUUCUAUGCAACUUACCAGGUGUACUGUUAGACCUGUCAUGUAGACUGUAAUCACUGCCUUUUAGACACUGUGAAUUUUUUGGUACCCUAUAUUUUUGUAUAUUGUACAAUAUGAAAGGAUAAUAAACCUUGAUGCCAACACAA